AUGCAGAGAGGGGAAUUAAUCACGCCAUGCUUUUAUGUUUCUACAAAUGUGAAUAUGGAUGGAGUUGACAACAUCGAUGCUUUCUUCUCUAAAGCUACCACAGCAGUUGCUUCCAUCUUCGGCAAACCGAAAACAUGUACAUAUAUAUCAAUAAAGAGGGAAAUUACUUUUGCUUUUUUGCAGUAUGUGAUGGUCGUACUGAAAGGAUCAUUGGACAUAUCAUUUGGAGGGAACAAGGAACCAGCUGCAUUUGCUGAGAUCGUAUCCAUGGGUGGCAUUGACUCUGAUGUCAAGAGAAACCUUAUUGCUACCCUUGGCACCAUUUUGCACAACAGGUUCUCCAUUCCCACAACCCGAUUCUUUCUCAAGGUUUACGAUACAACCAUGCCUCGCAAACUGUCAAAACUCUAAUUUUCUCAAACAACCCACGUGUAUUGAUCAUUCUUCUCCUGGUGUUUAAGAAGCAUGAUAUAGCAGUAUAUCUAUCCAUGAUAUAGCAUGCGUUCACG